CCGCUGCAGAUGAUGCACACGCGCUACGAGCUAGGCCAUGGACCUCGACCUCGCCCUGCAAGAGACCCGCCCGGCCGUCGCCGGCGAGGACUUCGCCUUCACCACCACCGAGACCGACGACGCCUUCCUCGUCCUCGCCCACCUCCCAGGGUAUGACAAGGAUGCGAUCGAGGUCCGCGUCGGCGACGGCGGCAGGGAGAUCCGCGUCGACGUGGCCGCGCGGAAGGACGGCGCCGGGCUCGCGGUGGAGGCGGCGCGCGCCGGGACGCGGCUGCGGGUGGCGCACCGGCGGGCGGUGGAGGGUUUCCGCCGUGUGUUCGACGUGCCGGCCGGGGUCGACGUGGGCCGGGUCUCCGUCGGGUUCGAGGAGGACGACGAGCUGCUCGUCAUCAUCCUGCCCAAGCUGCGGCAGCCGCAGGCCUCCCCGCCGGACGACGAGGCGCGCGUCGACGUCGAGAGCACGGACGACUACGAGUGCGCGUCGUCGGACGGGACGGAGGUGGAGCUCGACGACGGGUGGUCGUCGGCUAGCCUCGAGCUGGAGCAGGAGGAGUGGGUCGACGUCGACGGCGAUUCGUCGGGGUCCGAGCCUGAGCCGCCGCCUCGAGACGUGCCGGUGGAGACGCCCGUGGAGAUACAGGAGGACGUGCUCGUGGAGAUUCAUGGGCCGGAUCCCAUAAUCACGGACGUGGCGGUCGAGACGCCGGUGGAGGUCGAGGAGGAGGAGGAGCCUCCGGUGCUCGACAUCGAGUGUGACGUCGUGUUCGACGUCCCGGUGUACACUGAGCUGCCGGUGGAGACGCCGAUCGAAGUGCUCGGGUCCGACCCAUCGGUUGACGACGUGGGAGAGCCGGCGGUCGACAUCCCGUGCGAUGUCGAGUUCGAGCCGGAGCCUCGGCACCCACCGGUCAAGACGCCACCCGACGUCAUCGAGGAGCCCAAGCCACCACCUGUCGUAGACCCACCGGUUGAAGAGCCACCGAUGGACCCACCACCGGUUGAGGAGCCACCGCUCACCGAGGAGCCUCCAGCACCGGUCGACCCGCCCAUGGAGGAGCCUCCAGCGCCGGUCGACCCGCCCAUGGAGGAGCCACCCGCCGAAGAGCCGUCGGUGGACCCACCACCGGUUGAGGAUCCUCCGGCACCGGUUGACCCGCCCGUGGAACCGCCUCCCAUGGAGGAACCGCCGGUGGAGCCACCACCAGUUGAGGAGCCACCACCUGCCAAAGAGCCGUCGGUGGACCCACCACCGAUUGAGGAGCCACCACCCGUCGAGGAUCCUCCGGCGCCGGUCGACCCGCCCGUGGAACCGCCUCCCAUGGAGGAACCGCCGGUGGAGCCACCACCUGUCGAGGAUCCUCCGGCGCAGGUCAACCCGCUUAUGGAACCGCCACCCAUAGAGGAGCCGCCGGUGGACCCACCAUUGGUUGAGGAGCCACCGCUUGCCGAGGAUCCUCCGAUGCCGGUCGACCCACCCGUGGAACCGCCACCCAUGCAGGAGCCACCGAUGGACCCACCACCAGUUGAGGAGCCACCACCCGCCGAGGAUCCUCCGGCAGCGAUCGACCCGCCCGUGGAACCGCCGCCCAUGGAGGAGCCAUCCGUGGAGCCACCACCGGUUGAGGAGCCACCACCAGCGCAUGAGCCACAACCUGUGGCCCCAACACCAGUCCAGGAGCCACCUAGUGCACCAGCAGAGGCAAAACCAUCUGAUGGCAGUGAUGAAUCAGAUGGUAGCACCGGUGAUGAGGACAACGGCGAGGGGGGUGGCCGCAAGGGUAAGCGACGCAGUGGCGGGAAAGGACGACGGAGGCGCAGGCGGCGUGGCAGGUUCCCGUUGGGCAUGGUGGUUGCUCCUGCUGUGAUCUUGCUCGUUCUCGCAGUGCUCGCGGCCAAGAGACGGCGACAACAGGGCGGCGGUUGAUUAUAGAGGUGGUUCGGCUCGGGCCAUUGUGUAACCCAUGUUGUAUACUUGUAUAGAACAGAUUUUUUGUAGGAUUCGUCUUGGCACCGAAUUCUUUUUCUUUUCGCCAUGAAACAAGAAAAUUUGGGAGAGUAUUUGUAGC